UAAACAUCGAUAGGACCGACACUUUGAAUAUAUCGAUGUUUUUCCACCUCUAACUGCCCCACAAACAAAAUAAACAAAUCAAAAUCCGGCGGAGAAAGUGGCGAUAAACAAGCCCGUACAGCACGAAUAUUUGAGACGUCAAGAUGCGCGACUGGAUGCCGGUGCUCUUCUGCGGCUUGUCCGUGCCGCUCUCGCUGUUCAUGUGGCUGGGCAACGUGGCGGUGUCGAAGCUCUGGAGCAGCGACUUCGAGGAGUCGCGGGUGAUUGCGCCGGUACGCUGGCUCUUCUCCACGUUGGCCCCGUUGGCCCUGAUGACGGUGGCCCUGCGCCGCCGGAGCGUCAAUCGAUCUGGAGCUGCGCUGGGCAUCCUGGUGGCCUUCAUCCUGUCCAUCGCCAGCCAUCCGUUCUUCGCCAGCCUGGUGGUGUUCUUCUUCAGCUCCUCGCGGGCCACCAAGUUCCGGGCGCACAUGAAACGCCGCUUCGAGAGCGACUUCCGCGAGGGCGAGGGUCAGCGGAACUGGGUGCAGGUGCUCUGCAACGGCGGCAUGGCCGCCCAACUGGCGCUCCUCUAUCUGCUCGACUGCGGCAGUGGCGAGCGGGCGGUAGACUUCGCGCGUGAGUACCGAUCCAGCUGGCUGGGCGUGGCCGUGAUGAGCGCCUUUGCCUGCUGCAACGGGGACACCUGGUCCAGUGAACUGGGCUCCGUGCUGUCGCAACGUGAUCCCGUGUCCAUCAUCACCUGGCGUCGGGUGCCGCGCGGCACCAACGGCGGCGUAUCGCUGGCCGGGAUCGUUGUGAGCCUGCUGGGCGGCCUGCUCGUCGGCUGCGGCUACUUCGUCACCGUGCGCUACACGGUGGAGGCCAAAAUGCUUCUGGUCAGUCCACCGCAGUGGCCCAUUAUCGCCUUUGGCGGCUUCGCCGGACUGUUCGGUUCGCUGCUCGACUCCGUCCUGGGCGGCAUGCUGCAGUACUCGGGCAUCAAUGCGGAGGGCAAGGUGGUGGAGGCACCCGGCAAGGGGGUGCGGCACGUGAGCGGAUUGCGCAUCCUGGACAACCACAGUGUCAACCUCAUCUCCAGCAUUGUCACCGGCGUCACCGUUCCCAUACUCGCCCAGAAAUUCUGGCCUGUGCGCUGAUCCCAUGCGGCCUGUUCUUCGUUAGGAUUAAGAACAUCGCGGUAUUCACUAGCCCUGCUCUUUAUUUGCUCAUCAAAAGGUUAAGCUUUCCAGAUCAAAUUUAGUGUUAAGCCUUUAAGGCAGCUAUAUAAACUACCUAUUUAUAUCAUAUUUAGGGCCAGUGGAUACCCCUCAUAAAUAUAUUUUUGUACAUCUUCCAUGGCUUCAAGCGAACUAACCUGACUUAAGAGACUCGAUAGAAACAACGAUUAGGGCAAGAGUAUAUUUUAAACUAAAAUAGCUAACCAUGUUCCUGAAUGGAUGAUUAUUUUGUUGAUACUGCUAAGUAGCCCACGCGACUGUCCACCUAGAUUGUAUACAAAAAACCCCAUUAAACACUAACCGUACAUGUGAA